CCGUCAGAUGCGUCAGAUGAGCCGUGGCUGUAUGAGCGAGUAAAGAGGGGGAUGGGAAGGAUUGUUUUUGUGUUGCAUUCCUGCAGUGUGUUUGACCUUUGACCUCGUUGUUGUGUUCUCCUCGUCUUGCAUUCCAAAGUGAGGAUUUCCUGCAGUAUGCCAAAGGCGUUAGUAGUGGCUGCUGGGGCUUGCCUGUUCUCUGCCCUGCCUAUGUUUACCACAAUCUAACCACCAGUACGUUACAAAAACUCCUCGGACUGCGCACACAUCGCUUCUGCUGCUCUGCAACAGCAACGGAUUACCUUUUUGAUAAGUGUUUUAACGGAAACGCGAAUAGAUUUUCAUCUUGAGAGUCGAAGGAAAUUAAAGACCUUUUAGCUAGCCUAGCACGCUAGCGGGUUUGCCGUAUAUCACGCACGCGUUUCAUAUCCGCCGACUAGAGCUGAGCCUUCUGCAGAAAACCCGCAGCCGCGAGACAACGUUGAGGAAAUGAAGGACAAACAAAAGAGAAAGAAGGAGCGUACAUGGGCAGAAGCAGCUCGUAUGGUUCUGGAGAACUUUUCCGAUGCCCCAAUGACACCUAAACAGAUUCUGCAUGUCAUCCAAACAAAGGGGCUCAAAGAAAUGAGGUCUGGUAAAACCCCACUGGCCUGCCUGGUCACCAUGCUUCACUCUCAGGUCAGAGGAGAUCGAGUUAAGAACAGUAUUUUUUUCAAGCUGCCUGGAAGGAUGAGCCUGUUUACCUUAAAGAAAAAUGCCCUACAGUGGACAAAGAGCCCGACAGCAGGUGAAUCUGGAGAUAUGGCCGGCACGCCGACAUCAUCCACGGCAGCAGCAGAAGGGGUGGAGCAGGAGAGCUGUGACUCCACGGAGACGGCUGCUGCUAGUGGUGAAAAUGAUGCCUCUGUGGAUGAGACCUCUUCCAGUGCAUCUUGCUCCACAGAACCACAGACCAGACUGAGUCGCUCCUCACAGUCAGGCAGGCAGAGGAAGAAAGCUGUGAUGAUGCCCCGUGUAGUGCUCACUCCUCUCAAGGUCAACGGGGAACACGUCCCAUCAGGAGCAGCGGGGAGGCGCAGGGAAGGUUCUAGGGGGGGUCCAGGCCCCGCUCUCCGUACCCGCUCGGAGCUGGGCUGGAAACGCACCCAGCACUUCAAGAGCAUGCGUGGCCUUCGUUCAGGUCCAAUGAAGAGAAACCGAGGAGGUGUGGAGGUGGAUUUCGAGACACCUGGCUCAAUCUUGGUCAACACGAACAUUCGUGCUCUCAUCAACACACGCACGUUUGCUGCUUUCCCCUCUCAUUCCCAGCAGCAACUUCUUCAGCUUCUCCCUGAAGUCGACAGACAGGUUGGCCCUGAUGGUCUUGCUCGGCUAAGCAGCUCAGCGCUCAAUAAUGAAUUCUUCACUCAUGCAUCUCAAAGCUGGAAAGAGCGGCUAGCUGAGGGUGAGUUCACACAUGAGAUGCAGGUUCGCUUCAGGCAAGAGAUGGAAAAGGAGAAGAAAGUAGAGGCAUGGAAGGAGAAAUUCUUUGAGGAGUACCAUGGCCAAAGGUCUGGCCUGACUAGAGAGGAAUCAUUAAAGCUCACAAUGAGUGAUCCAGGAGAUGUUGCAGGGGCAGUUCUAGAGUCGAGCUCUGCCGCAGUGGCUACACCCAAAAGACGAAGUGUUGGAAGAAGACGGAGGGAGGGCCGUAUCAGACGGCGUUCACGGGCUGACCUCAGACGUAGGGCUCGACGCACCCUUAGCAAAACACCGGCUGCCCCUGUACCAUCAGCAGAACCAACAGAAAGCAACAUACCUGCAGACAUUGUACCAUCAGUUGCAUCACCAGUCCCAGAAGCCACAACCGUUCAGGGAGAAGUGGUCCUCCAAACAGAACUUGGACUGGAAGGUCCGGAAGAAAACCUUUCUGUAGAGGAGGUGCCCUCCCCUGUUCCUGUACCUACCCCUCCUCCAGCCUCCGCAAGCUCAACCUGCGACGAACCAGAAGUAGAACCAGAAGCUGCUAUACCCCCGUUGCCUGAAGUAGCUGAGCCAGUUGUUGCAUCCACAUCCUCUCCUUCCUCUUCCUCCUCUUCAACAUCGUCGUCAUCAUCCCCUUCUUCAUCUCCCUCCUCUGCCUCAGACAGACAGGCCUUUGUUGCAAGUUCAGACUCUUCUUCUUCCUCCUCCUCCUCCUCUUCCACUGCUGCUGUUGUCACUGACCCACUGGAUGAUGAAGCUUCAGUCAUUACCACUGGCACAGCAGGCACAGGUGCAAGCAGCAGAGAGAGCAGCCCAGCAGCCAGUCCCUCCACAGCAAGCCCAGCUAUUCAGCUCAAAGAGCAAAAGAGGAGGCCAGACGAGUCCCAGGCCUUCACCAGCUUUCCCGAGAAAAGGGCGCGGCUGGAUGAGCGUCAGUCCUUUCGUAACACAGUUGACUGUGUGCACUCAGAAAAGCCACAGCCUACAACAGAGGAGCCCAAGGUCCCGCCAAUCCGGAUACAGCUGUCCCGGAUCAAACCGCCCUGGGUCAAGGGGCCGCCAACGUACCAAAUCUGUCCCCGCAUCGUCCCCCCCAACGAAGGGUCGCGGCGCUCUGGGACGGGGGCGCGCACCCUGGCGGACAUCAAGGCCCGUGCCCAGCAAGCCCGUGCCCAGCGGGAAGCCGCUGCUGCUGUUGCAGCCUCUGGGGAUGGGGGAGGGCCUGGGGGGAGCGGCGCGGGGGGUGGUACUGGGAUACCGGAUCGCUCCAGCGGGAGGCGUUCGAGAGAGCACCCAGGUCCCAUUGAACCAGGAGGAGGAGGAGGAGGAAGAGUUGAAUUGGAGGACCAGGAAUCGCCUGCAAGCUCUCAUUCGUCUGGAUCACAACUACAGUUAUCCAGUGUAGAUUCAUCAGAUCAGCCUCAGGCCUCUACCCCACUGACCGCACCAUCUCCCUCAUCUGUGUCUUCAAACCAAUCUCUGCCACCAUCAGAGUCUCCGAAAACUCUUACACUAUCACCACCUGCAACGGACAGUCCUGUGUCCCAAGACCAGGUUGAGGAUAUUUGUGGAGUGGAAGAGGUGACUGCCUGCCCAAGUGACAAAGCCUCAGAACAGACCUUAGACACCCCAGUGCCUACGCCAAGUGAGCCAGAGUCGUUUUGCAGUCAUCAAGAAGGGAGAGGCGAGGAGUCCAGUGAGAGUAGAACAACUACCCCUAUCUGUACCUCAUCAUCAAAUGAUGCCAUUUCUUUAGUGCCCACCUCUAUACCAGAUUCGCUGCCAAGAUUUGGUGCCCAGGGUGUGGAUGUCAUCAGGACCCUGGCAGCUUCUUCUCAACCCUGGGAAGGUGAACAGAAUAGUGGUGAGCACCACCCAGGGACAACUGGAGUUAUCCAGCAUGGCUCAGACUUGAAAUUUCCCAAAGAGACAGUUGUUACGGCCCAAAAUGGAUGGGUAGAAAAUAAUGAAGAGCAUUCUGUGAGAGAGGGAUUGUUACAUGAACAUAAGAACGGGGGAAGUGAUGCUGAUGCCAAGUAUGAAUCAAACUCUCUACCCUGUCUACCAGGUAAUCCUGGUGAGGAAGACACUGGAGUACACAGUGAUUCAACAGAGACUGCAUCAGAUUUUGAAAAUGAAACUCAAGAAGAUGAAGCACUAGACUGGCCUCCAACACGAAUGGAUGGUAACGGCAUGCAGGCUCAGAAUACAAAAUUACAGAAUCAACCUGUCAUUCAGAACCCAAACUGUCUUCCUUCAUCAGUGUUAAAUCCUCCCCAACACCAGCAACCAGUUAUACAAGCCCAUGUAUCUAACCCCACCAAUACUCAAACUGUCAUUCAAGCUCGCUUUCCUAAUGGUUUGCCAAACCAGCCAGUGAUUCAGCCUCUUAAGCAGCAUACAAUUUGCACCCCUGCCAUAAACCAUGUUCAAGACAAAACUGCCACUGUCCCCUCUCAAGCCCAAGUACAAGCAUAUCUGUCACAAGUAGAAAGGGACCAAAUCCGAAAUCUACGGCUGAAUGAUAACAGCAAUGGUAGUAAACUGUUUGUCCAGACAGAAGAUGAAACCAGAGUUCUCAGCAGAGGGCCUGUAGAGGAUUAUGGAUUAAAAAACUCUGCACUUACUCCAUCUGGCAGAAGAGUUCAAGGUUUAUCUCGGACAGUUUCGUCCGUAGAGGCCAACAAUCCUCUUGUCACCCAGCUUCUUCAAGGCAGCCUACCUUUAGAGAAGGUCUUACCCCAACCUCACUCUGUCAGCAAACUGGAAAUAAAUCGACUCCCAGGUGCCCUUGCAGGUAAUUCAGCCAGUCUUCAACCUGGGGGACCUCCAAGAAACCCAGGUUUACGUUUUAGAGGCCCAUCUGAGACAGGAGGGCCCACGGAACCUGGUAACUCUGAGUUUCAGCACAAAGCGGCAUCAGCUCGAGUGUCUCCUGGACCCAUUCGGAACUUUGGAUCUUCUCCACCGGGUUCUGCUUCUUCACGAAUGGCUUGCUUGUUUGAGGAAAUUAACACAAGAUCCACAAAUCAGUUUGGUCCACAACAACUAGGAGGGGCAGUGCCCCCAGGAGCAGUACCUGUCAUAACAUCCCUCCCCACAAACUCUUCUGCCAGGGCCUCAAAGGAUACAAACUCUCAGAAUACUUCAGUUUAUGAAUCAGCUGUCAUUAAAGAGCACCCUGGACCUCAGCCUCAACGGGGUGAAACUCAGGAGAGGCCGGCUAGCUUUCAACAGCAUCCUAACAAUCUCUCCCAGUCUGUGUUAAGAACCACACCCGAUGCUCCCUCGCCUCCACAUGGAGACCUUUGUCCUUCUGAGGUUGUACCUACUGUCAAGAUUAACUGGCGCCCAUCCAAACCCCAACCACCUCAGACAUAUCAGCAACAGCUCUCUCCUAUAGCUACAGUUAAAAAUGAGGUCUCAUUGCGUCCCUCGUGCCAACAAGCUCUUGCCAAAAAUUCACCUGCUCCUAUUAGUGGCAGUACUACAUCUGUUGUAAUAACCAAAAAGGAGGUUCUGAACACUCUGGACAAUUUUCAUGGAGGUGGGGGAGGAGGUGGAGCUAUUGAAGGACUACUAAAUAUGGAAAUGUCUCUUAGCAGAAUGGCCAAGAAAGAACAAGUAAAAAAUACCUAUGCCCGCCAAACAGACACCUCAGUCUCCCCGAUCUCCUCCUCCCCUUCCUCAUCUGCCUCUAAUCUACCAUAUCAGCUAUAUGGCAAGCUACCAAAACUCCAGCAGAGUGGUGGUGGAAUCAGCAGUGGGUCCUCAACCAGCUUCAGUUAUACGGCUAACGUUUCUGUGGUGGACGGUAGUGGCUUCUCUCGAAGUUUAGCUGACGGUGUGUUGCAGAUAAGGCCACGCAUGAGUGUAAACAGUGGUGGAGUUCAGAAUGCCACACUUAGCAUUCAGGCCUUUGCAGACAGUGCUGCAGAGGAAGUGGCUCUAAAGUGUUCCUGUCGACUUAAGGCCAUGAUCAUGUGCCAGGGCUGUGGUGCUUUCUGCCAUGAUGAUUGCAUUGGCCCCUCCAAACUGUGUGUAUCAUGUCUGGUGGUCAGAUAGUUCGAUGCAGCUUCUCCAUACUGAGCCCAUUGGUCAGAGCAAAUGCGUUGGCUAUUUCAGACAUUCUAGUCCUUUGUUGGUGGUUAGAUACCACAGGAAGUCUCGGACUCUGGUGAGCACAUAAGAGGCAGGACUCUUGAGUAUUGAAAUACAGUAGGGCUGGAAGAUUACUUGUAAGAUAAAACAGUCUGUAUUUUUGUUGCAUAUUUUUUCUAUUGCUGUUAUGGUGUUAUUAUUAUUAUGAUCACAAUAAUAUUGUUAUUAUUAUUAUUAUUAUUAUUAUUGGUAUUAUUACGUGAAUAUACAUGGCACAGUUGAUUGUAAAUUGUGCCUUUCUUUUCCCCAACAAAACAUUUACCUCAUCUACUUUGACACCAGUCAUCAGUUCAGUGUGAAGAUGGUGACGUUACUGUUUGUUUUCUUCUCCGGACGCCUCUCUGUAAAGAGAGCUUUGAGAGAAUUUUGUGUGUUAUGUCUUGCAAAGAAAUAUUUUUUUAAUCAUUAAACAAGAAAGUGACAUUUGUUAUUUUGUAAGUGAAUUCACUUUUUUGGUUUUCAUUUUUUAUUUACUUAUCCAAAGUGAAGUCCAGUCUGUACUUGGCAGUUAAGCACAGUAUUCAAAUCUAAUAAAGCUGAAACAGAGCGGA